UUUCAGUCUGAAGCCGUUGGCUGCUACUGAACCGUUUGGCUCUUUUCUCUACUAGCGAGCAAACCUACAAUCUAGACCCAACUGUCCAUCCAGCUCAUUUUUAAGGGGAUUUAUCAUUAUAUAUGCCCGUGUAUCCAAAACACAUCGGUCAUUGGGGAUUCCUAGCACCGGUUGGCCGGGUCUGAAGGCCGUUAUAACGCUUUUUCGAGGUUUAAUUAGAGCCAGAAAACAACGGUGGUGGAGGAGGAGGAGAUUCCAUAUUAGGAGCACAGAGGAGAAGGCACCCCCCUUGUGUGAUUUGGAGCUUUUGGUUCUGAGCCCAUGGUACAAGGCCCUGACUGAACAUACUGGUGGUGCAUACAGACUUACUACUGUGAUGAUGCUGGCUGCAGAUGGUGGCUCCACAGCGCCACUGCAGUGGGAUGUGGUGGAGGGAACUGCAGCUUUCUGUUUACAAACCUGUGGUCCUCCCCGGGCAGUGCUGCUGUCAGAUGGGAUUUGAGCAGAGGCUCUUAGUGACCUGUGACUCAACAGUCUGCAGGUUUUCAUUUCAACCGAACACAACAGCAGGCUAGGUGUGUGCGUGCUGACCUCAUGGUGUAACAGGAAUAAAGAUGAGCAUUAGCAGUGAUGAGGUCAACUUCCUGGUCUACAGAUACCUACAGGAGUCAGGGUUCUCCCACUCAGCAUUUACAUUUGGUAUAGAGAGCCACAUCAGCCAGUCCAACAUAAAUGGUGCUCUGGUUCCCCCUGCUGCCCUCAUCAGCAUCAUCCAGAAGGGCCUGCAGUACGUUGAGGCUGAAGUCAGCAUCAAUGAGGACGGCACAUUAUUUGAUGGGCGGCCCAUAGAGUCUCUGUCCCUUAUUGAUGCGGUGAUGCCUGACGUUGUUCAGACGAGGCAGCAGGCCUACCGGGACAAAAUGGCCCAGCAGCAGGCUGCCGCUUCAGCACCAACAUCAGCCACCGGAGGCAGCAUCGCUGGCAAUGCCAAGAAUGGAGAGAAUACUGCCAACGGGGAGGAGAACGGAGCCCACGCCUUAGCUAACAACCACGCAGACCUGAUGGAGGUGGACGGAGAUGUGGAGAUUCCCCAGAACAAGGCCAUGGUCUUGAGGGGCCACGAAUCAGAGGUCUUCAUCUGUGCCUGGAACCCAGUCAGCGAUCUGCUGGCAUCGGGGUCUGGUGAUUCAACAGCUCGUAUCUGGAAUCUGAGUGAGAACAGCACGAGCAGCUCCACACAGCUGGUCCUGAGACACUGCAUACGAGAGGGAGGACAGGAUGUCCCCAGCAACAAAGAUGUCACCUCACUAGACUGGAAUAGCGAGGGCACACUGUUAGCCACAGGCUCCUAUGACGGCUUUGCCAGAAUAUGGACAAAGGAUGGAAACCUGGCCAGUACACUCGGCCAACACAAAGGUCCCAUCUUUGCCCUAAAGUGGAACAAAAAAGGCAAUUUUAUCCUCAGUGCAGGAGUAGACAAGACAACAAUCAUAUGGGAUGCCCACACAGGAGAAGCCAAACAACAGUUUCCCUUCCAUUCAGCUCCAGCACUAGAUGUGGAUUGGCAGAGCAACAACACGUUUGCCUCCUGUAGUACAGACAUGUGUAUCCACGUCUGUAAACUGGGACAGGACAGACCCAUUAAAACAUUCCAGGGACACACAAAUGAAGUAAAUGCAAUCAAGUGGGAUCCCACAGGGAACCUGCUAGCCUCCUGCUCAGACGACAUGACGUUGAAGAUUUGGAGUAUGAAGCAGGACUCGUGUGUCCAUGACCUGCAGGCCCACAGUAAAGAAAUCUACACCAUUAAAUGGAGUCCCACUGGCCCUGGAACCAACAAUCCUAGUGCUAACCUCAUGCUAGCCAGUGCGUCGUUUGACUCCACAGUUCGUCUUUGGGAUGUGGAGAGAGGCAUCUGCAUCCACACGCUGACUAAACACCAGGAGCCGGUGUACAGCGUGGCUUUCAGCCCCGAUGGUCGGCAUCUGGCCAGCGGCUCCUUUGACAAAUGUGUGCACAUCUGGAAUACACAGACGGGCGCUUUAGUCCACAGUUACAGAGGGACGGGGGGAAUCUUCGAGGUUUGCUGGAAUGCAGCAGGGGACAAAGUGGGAGCCAGCGCGUCAGAUGGAUCUGUGUGUGUACUAGACCUUCGGAAAUAGUGCUGCUGUUUGUUGGAAGCCAUGGACCGACCAUGAAUGUGUACAUAGCCAAAUGACUGUCCCUGCCUGCCCUGCGUACUGCUCACGCUUACGACUACGGCCCCGCCCACCGACAGACAGGAAGCAGGAAACAGGAACAGGAAGCAAGCACCCGACACAGCAGGUCCAGACACAGGGAUAAACAGAUGGACGGACAAACGGGCGGACGGACGCGCCCCUCUCUAUCUGUGCAGACUCUUACAGAGAUGCAGAAGGGACGCAGUGAAAAAAAGAAAAAACUGAUAGACAAAAAAAAGUUCCAGAUGCGUAUAUGUACCAAAAUUUGGAAGCUAUUUUGCUUUUUUGAUCUUUAAACCAUGCUCAUCAUCAUCAAAAUGAAAAACAAUGAAAAAAGUGUUGAUCUUUGUUACUAGUUGGAUCUCAUUGUGCAGACAUAUCAACUUCUCCACCAUAAAAUAGGAUGGCACUUAGUUUUUUUAAAUUUCAGAUCUCUUGUUUCAAUGUUUUUAUAUUUUUUAAUCUUUGGGGGGGGGGGGGCAGGGGCUGGCCAGGUCAGAGUUUUAUGAAUUGGAGAAGAUCAUACACACACACACACACACACACACACACACAGGCACACAUACACACACCAAGAGAGUGUCUCAAUGUGGCAAACCUAAAGGCUUUCUUUCUCUCACGUGUUUCAGUAGUGCUUUCUGCCGUUGUCAGUGGGUCAGAAUGCAGUCAGUAAUGUGUCGCCUUCUCCAGAGGACGGACUCUGGACUCCCCCGUACAUCCGCCUGCCACACAUGAUGCACAUCUAGAUGCUUUAAAAACAGCUCCUCUGCACUAUUUGAUCUAGAUGGUUUACCCACACUUCUCUGGACUCUUUGGCCAUAGCAGUUUAAAAGAAAUGGCAAGAAGCCAACUUCCACUUGUCUGAAUGUUCGGGGCUGUUCUGAGUGGUAGGUGAAGCAACAGGUUGCACUCUGAUUACAGACUGUACUCUGCCAGCAGUUCAAUACCUGAGGUGCACUAUGCAUAGUGUCCUCCUGUACAAUGCUGAUGAAGGCUUCAGUGAGGUAACUCUUAUCAUCUACAGUAAUUUCAUUCACACUCAAAGGCCUCAAACCAUCAAAGCUAACUGCCCCAGUUUUUACAGAUUGUCAGAGGUGGAAGCUUUCUGCCUAAAAGACGCGAGUGAGUUCGACCUCCGAGAGUAGAGCCAAAGGAAACAGGAAAAGGUCAGAUGUUACAGACUGCCCAGCUGAGCUCUGCUACUGCAUUCAUGGUAGAGCAUUAUUCUGGUAUGUACAUCUGGGAGUGUUUUGCCCAAAAAUCUGAACAGCGUUGACGUGAACGCAGCAUUACAAGACAGUCAAACUGUCUGGAAUCACCCCCCCCACUCCCUUUUCGAUAUACAGGGUUCUGCAGACUUUAAGUCCUUUAUGAAUUAGGGAUGUAACGAUACAAUCAAAACACAAUUUCAUGUAAGUCACCAUACUAGAAACAGACUUAAUUAGACAGAAACUAUAAAAUAUAGAAGGCUCUUUUAUUUCUGAGAUAGGGUUUCAUUUUCACACUGAUAUCACAAUUCAGUUUCCGUAUCACUGCAAUUGAAUUGUCUCUCAGUAUGUCUGUACAUUGUUAUUAAGACCUAUUUUACAUCCAUGCUGGCAAAAAAGGUACAAAGGAAAGUCAGUAUUGGUUCGACGGCAGUUUGGUUUUGUGGUUGUUAAAGUUAAACUAGUUUAAAGGCGCAACUGAAAAAUGUGACUUUGUAGGUAACUUUAAAUCAUUUUCAGGCAUUCAGAUCAUCGGAUGUUAGAAUUUGUAAGACCCUGCGGACCCUGUAUGUUAGACAUGAAAUUGUCCACUCUACAUUCAGAUGUUGGGACUGUUGUGUUGCAUCAGCAGUGUAGUGUUGCUAUCAGAGAGUGGGACUGUUGAGCGCUUUAUAUAUUAGGGCUGCACAAUGAAUCAAAAUAUUAUGCAAUCACAAUAUGGCCAAGUGCAAUAAAAGGUAAAAUAUGACAAACAGCAUCAUAAUGAAGUGCUGCAGUGACGACCUGGUCAAACAUUUAGUUUGGUGCAGACCUCGAUAAGCUGCACAUCGUCACGCUUUUAAUACUUUUCCAGUGAGAAUUAAACUGAUCCUUCACACAGUAACCGUAAAUCACAUUACAAUAUCUGUUGAGUUCAUCGCAAUAUGACGUUUUUACUGUACCGUGUAGCCCUAAUAUAUAUGUGUGUGUGUGUGUUUGUGUGUGUACACAUUUCACACUGAGAUAAACGUACAUAGUGCACCAUAUAGGGAGAGAUUUCAGACCCAGCCUGGCUCAGUUAAGCCGUAGCGGUCUGAGGUCGCCUCUUUAUGUUUCCGUCUCCUAACUGCCGUGUAAAGACUGAACAGGACAAAUGCCAGGACCACUGAGGAAUUUUAAAUUCUAUUUGGACCAAAGUUUGGUCUUUGUCAUUCAGAUUAGCCACUUUGCUAACUUUGUCCACUGUGUUCUUUGGCUCUGCUCUGUUGAAGGUUUCAUUCAAACAAUAACGCAGUCGUUUCACAGCAGCUCACACUCUGUAACUCACGUUCAGUCUUCUGCUAUCUUUUUACUCUUUUAAAACACAAGCGAGCACAUUGCUCUGGCUUCAGUGGGACUGUCAACAGACUGCCUUCACAUAGGAAGAGAAAGACAGGCCUUGCAUUCUGUAUGUUUUCCCCUUCAGACAUAAAUCACAAAACUACUACAAACUACAGUCUCAUGGCUGGAGACGCAGCCAGUUCAGUCUUACUUGCUGAUCCCUGGUAAACGGGUUCAGAAUCAAGUCCAAAAACAUUAGAGCAAUAUCUGGACUGUUUUUAUUACCAGAUACUUGUCAUAAUGUGUGGGGAUAUCUACAUUUGUGUUGUUUAGAACCCAUUGGAAGUGAAAAAGGACAAACAAACCAGACUUAAAAAGACCCACAACAUGACAGCCUUGGUGAACUAAAGCAGUGAAACAGAAAAAGCCGAGCUGUACCGGCAGUGUAUUUACAGCUGCCCUCAGCUCCAUUCUGGGUCCUCCUCCAUCAAACUCCUGCUCACAUUUUAUUCUGACGAGACAUUUUAUACUCUUUUAAAGACAAAUUUCAAGUUACAUUUUUGUAAUUUCUUUGUAGAUUUGAGAAACAAAUGUGAAUUGAUGAUUUAUUGGCAGUGUUAAUUUACAUGUUCUAUAAAUUUUAAAGAUUUUCUUUUGUUACUUUGAUGCUAUUGCAGACGGUAAAGGUUGACCCUGUAAUGUAAGGCUUACUGAGCUGAGCCGUCAUUAUGAAGGCACCUUGCCUGGGGAGGAGCAGUUUUCCCAGGAGCAAAUCUACCACUAAAUGUGUCUAUGUUUGAAUAAAGAAAUGUUUUAAUUUUUCUUUUGCUUGAAUAUUUUUGGGGAAAUGACGUUCUCCUGAAACUCCUCUUGGCUUACACAUAAGACUAUUCCAAAAAAAAAAAAAAAAAAAGCGUAAGUCUUUAAAUUGAAUAAAGUUGUAAUUUUUUUCAAUUGAGCCAAGACUAGGGACUUUUUCUGGUUCCCCUUUUUUCAUUGCUGCAGUUGGGAGUCGCAGAUGUUUUGUGGAGAAAAUUGCUCUGGAAGCAGAUACAAUCUCAUUGGUUGAAUAAACUUGUGCCUACAUUGUCAGUGCACAAUGGGACCUUCUGAGUGCAGAAAACUUGAUUUUUUUUUUUUUAUAUUUAAUAAACCAUCAUCACCCAAACUAAUUGGAAAGACAAAAGCUUAUCCUCUGCUCAGUAAAUUAGUUUGUGUGGUUCUUUGUCCUCUCUCAGAUUCUCUCUGUUCUCACACCCUUGAGCACUUGAUCUGUGUCUCUGCAUCCUCACGUUCUCUGUGUGCUCCUUCAAUCUGUUAAGUGGGUGAUUUCUGAUUGGCUGUUUUGUCUUCACCAGCAGGAUCACUGCUCAGUUAGGAAGUAGGGAGGCACUCUAUAAAACAUGGGUAGGGGGAUUAUCUGUUUCUGUGCUUAAAAUGUCCCAUCACACACUCACCAUUGAGGCACCGAUAUUAUUCCAUACUUGAGUUAAACCUCCGGAGCCAAAGGACCAUUGUUCUCUCCGGUAAUGUUAGAACCCAGUGAAAGGCUAAUGAAAUCCUCCACACUCAAAAUGAGUCGGACAAAAAAUAAAGUUAUCACCAUGUAUUAUACAUUUUAUUUCAGCUUGUUAAAGUUGAAGCUUAAUUCAACCACGAACAUUACAUCUGCCUCCAGAGCCCCGCUGCUUCUGAGAAAUGUUUGUACAACCACAGAUGGACUUUAUUUUCUCCUGUAUCCCCUGGAAUAAAUUGGACAUUUCUACUAAUAGACUUACAGAGAUUCCAUGUGUUCCUAUUUAGAGUCAACAGUUAUGAAAAUAUCUCACACACGUUCAUGCCAUCCUGAGGUCUGUGCCACACAGUGUGUCUGGAUAAACGUGGUCAAAGUCGCUGAGUCAGCCUUUAUCUGUGCCGCCACAACAGAGCGUCCUUGUCAGCCUAGCAGCAUCUCUCCCAUGGGGUCUCCAAGCCUUUCUGUUCUGUUUGUUUUCUCUCUGCAACUCGCAUCGCAUCGAUCUGUUAUCAUUUAACUCAGAUCAGUGAAACAAAAGUCCAGAAUAAAAUAUAUUUUGAUAAGA